AGACCUUGAACACAGCGCCAGGACCAGACUGCCUUACAUUGUUAACGUUGAAUUCUCCCGUUUCACGCCAGCAUUUUGUCUUCCGUGAGCCAGACCCGGGUCACGGGCUUUUCCUCGCAAAAUAGAGAGAAAAAAACAACGCGUGAAUUGUGGGGCUACGUUUGGCGGCGGGACACACACCGGAAAGCUGUAAGCUACUUUACGCUCCAGCAUGAGGAGGAUCCACGGCUGCAGCCCUGCCCAGACCGGAGGCUGCUGGUAGGGAUGCUGGAGCUGUGAAGACCCGGUGUGUGUCGUGCGUUUUCGGAGCCUGAGGUCUGGAGGUGAAAAGUGCCUGGACAUCAUGACUGUUUUCAACCCGGAAAAUGUUGAGGAAUUUUACGAAAUCGGAGACGAGCUGGGGAGUGGUCAGUUUGCUGUGGUCAGAAGAUGCCGGCACAGGAACACAGGUGUGGAAUACGCCGCCAAAUUCAUCAAGAAGCGGCGCAGCAAGUCGAGUCGACGAGGGGUGACGAGGGAGGACAUAGAGCGUGAGGUGAACAUCCUGAAGGAGAUCCAGCACCCGAACAUCAUCACGCUGCACGAAGUCUUUGAAAACAAGGCUGAGGUCAUCCUGAUCCUGGAGCUUGUGGCCGGUGGUGAGCUGUUUGACUUCUUGGCAGAGAAGGAGUCGCUGAGCGAGGAGGAGGCCACGCAGUUCCUCAAGCAGAUCCUGGAUGGAGUCUUCUACCUGCACUCCAAGCAGAUCGCUCACUUCGACCUCAAGCCGGAGAACAUCAUGCUGCUGAACCGCUCAGUGCCUCAUCCGCGCAUCAAGCUCAUUGACUUUGGACUGGCCCACAAGAUAGAUUUUGGCAAUGAUUUUAAAAACAUUUUUGGAACGCCAGAGUUUGUAGCUCCAGAAGUAGUCAACUAUGAACCUUUGGGCCUGGAGGCAGACAUGUGGAGUGUUGGUGUGAUAACCUACAUCCUUCUGAGCGGUGCAUCUCCGUUCCUGGGUGACAACAAGCAGGAGACGCUGGCCAACGUGUCGGCCGUGGAUUAUACGUUCGACGAGGAGUUCUUCAGCAACACCAGCGUCCUGGCCAAAGACUUCAUCGCAAGACUCCUUGUUAAAGAUCCAAAAAAAAGAAUGACGAUUCAGGACAGCCUCCAGCACCCCUGGAUCAAGCCAAAAGACACUCAGCAAGCACUGAGCAGGAAGGAGUCGGCUGUCAACAUGGAAAAGUUCAAAAAGUUUGCAGCUCGAAGAAAGUGGAAACAAUCCGUCCGACUUAUCUCCUUAUGCAACCGGCUGUCCCGCUCUUUCCUGUCCAGAAGCAACAUAAGUGUGGCGCGCAGCGACGACACGCUGGAUGAGGAAGACUCCUUUGUGAUGAAGGCCAUCAUCCACGCCAUAAACGAUGACAACGUGCCCGGUCUGCAGCAUCUGCUCGGCUCGUUGAACAGUUACGACGUCAACCAACCCAACAAGCACGGGACCCCUCCCCUCCUGAUUGCAGCCGGCUGCGGCAACAUUCAGAUCAUCGAGGUGCUGAUGAGAAAAGGUGCAGAGAUCCAGGCCCAUGACAAGAGUGGAGCCAACGCUGUCUACUACGCAGCGAGACACGGCCACGUUGAGACCCUGAAAUUCCUCCAUGAAAAGAAAUGCCCUCUGGAUGUCCAAGAUAAGUCUGGAGAAACUGCUCUCCAUGUGGCGGCUCGCUAUGGCAACGUGGAUGUGGUGAGCUACCUGUGCAGCAUCCGGGCCAACCCAGACCUGGCAGACAGGGAGCAGGAGACGCCGCUGCAUUGCGCCGCCUGGCACGGCUACUCUGCUGUAGCCCGAGCUCUCUGCCAGGCCGGCUGCCACGUGGACGCAAAGAACCGCGAGGGCGAGAGUUCGCUGCUGACAGCGUCUGCUCGAGGCUUCGUGGACAUCGUGGAGUGUCUGGUGGAGCACAGGGCCGAUCUAGAAACAACUGACAAGGACGGCCACACGGCUCUCCACCUGGCUGUACGUAGGUGUCAGGUUGACGUUGUCCGCUGCCUCCUCAGACACCACUGCCACCUAGACCGGCAGGAUCGCCAUGGCAACACGCCGCUCCACAUCGCCUGUAAGGACGGAAAUCUGCCCAUCGUCAUGGCGAUCUGCAGUGCUAAGGCCAGCCUCGACCUCCCCAACAAGUAUGGCAGAACUCCCCUCCACCUGGCUGCUAACAACGGGAGCCUGGAGGUCGUUCGUCAUCUCUGCCUUUCCGGAGCAAACAUCGACGCCGUCACCAACGAUGGAAAAACAGCAGAAGAUUUGGCUUCUACCGAUCAACAUGAACACAUAAUUGGAUUGUUGGGCAAGCUUAAAAAGGACAACCACAAACUGAGCUACAUCCAGCAGCUACGGCCCACUCAGACCGUCCAGCCCAGGAUCAAACUAAAGCUGUUCGGACACUCUGGAGCCGGGAAGAGCAGCCUGCUGGAGUCUCUGAAGUGUGGCAUCCUGAGGAGCUUCUUCAGGAGGAGGAGGACACGUAUGACCAACACGGCCCGACACCCCAACUCCCCCAUCAGCUCCAAACCUGCAGUGUCAGUGAGCAUUUCCAACCUGUAUCCAGGCUGUGAGAACGUGAGCGUGAGGAGUCGCAGCAUGAUGUUCGAGCCCAGCCUGACCAAAGGAGUCCUGGAGGUUUUCUCUCCGGUCCACAACGCUCUGUCCACCGCCGACGAACAGGCCACGAAGGCCAUCGACAUCCAGCACGCCAACAUCCACGGUGUGGGCGAUUUCAGCGUGUGGGAGUUUUCAGGGAAUCCGGUCUAUUACUGCUCCUACGACUACUUUGCGGCCAACGACGUCACAGCGAUCCACCUGGUUCUGUUCAGCCUGGAGGAGCCGUAUGAGACCCAGCUGAGUCACAUCACCUACUGGCUGAACCUGCUCAAAGCUCUCACCCUGCCACAGGACAACAUCGCGUUCGGAGGUCGGAUCCAGCAGCCUCUCGUGGUCGUCCUGGUGGCGACGCAUGCUGACCUCGCUGACGUCCCCAGAGCUUUUUCUGGAGAGUUCAGCUACGACAAGGAGAGAGCUCUGCUCAAAGAAGUCCGGAACAGGUUUGGGAACGACCUGCAGAUCAGCGACAAACUGUUUGUAAUGGACGCCGGAGCCUCAAACUCCAAAGACAUGAAGCUGCUGAGGACUCACCUGCAGGAGCUUCGCAGCAACAUCAUCUCUAGGUGUAGUCCGAUGACGCUGCUGUCGGAGCGUUUGCUGGCCACCCUGCCGGCCUGGAGGAAGCUGAGCGGGCCGAACCAGCUCACGUCAUGGCAGCAGUUUGUCAGCGACGUCCAGGAGCACCUCAACCCGCUGGUCAGCCAGGAUCACCUCCGAUCACUGGCCCUGCAGCUCCACAGCAUGGGGGAGAUCAACAUCAUGCAGAGUGAGACGGUUCAGGACGUCGUUCUUCUGGAGCCCCGCUGGCUCUGCAGCAACAUUCUCGGCAAGCUGCUGUCCGUGGAGACGCCCAAGGCCAUCCACCACUACAGGGGGCGCUACAGGCUGGAGGAGGUUCAGGCUCUGGCGCCCGAAAGCGACGUGGACGAGCUGCUGCAGAUCCUGGACGCCAUGGACGUCUGCGCCCGCGACGCCACCAACCCCUCCAUGGUGGACGUUCCCGCCCUCAUCAAGACCAACGGCCUCCACCGCUCCUGGACCGAAGAGGAGGAGGAGGAGUCGCUGCUCUACGGAGGCGUCCGGCUCGUCCCCGCCGAGCACCUCACCCCCUUCCCCUGUGGCCUCUUUCACAAGCUGCAGGUGAAUCUGUGUCGCUGGAGCCACCAGCAGAAGCCCGAGGAGGAGGGCAGCGACGACAUUGACGGAGAUAUUCACCUGUGGACCAACGGAGCCAAAGUGAGCCAAGCAGGAGUGGAGGCCAUGAUCCUGCUGGUGAACCACGGCCAGGGCGUGGAGAUCCAGGUCCGCGGACACGACUCGGAGCGGGCCAAGUGCUACACCCUGCUGGACACCAUCUGUAGUAUAACAGAGAACCUGCUGGCCUCCACGCUGCCCGGACAGCUCACCGCCAAAUACUACCUGAGUCCUCAGCAGCUGCGGGAACAUCACGCCCCCAUCAUGAUCUACCAACCCAAAGACUUCUUCCGGGCUCAAGUCCAGCGGGAAACAUCGCUCACCAACACCAUGGGCGGCUACCGGGAGAGCUUCAGCAGCAUCCUGUCCUUCGGCUGCGCUGAGGUUUACCAGCAGGGGAUUCUGGGAACGGACGUCCACAUCUCAGACGUCCCCCUGCUGGCCCGCAGGAAGCUCUGCCGCAUGUUGGACCCCCCCGACGCUCUAGGGAAAGACUGGUGCCUGCUGGCCAUGAACCUCGGCCUCACCGAUCUGGUGGCCAAACACAGCAACGGGACUCCGAACGGCGCCCCUGAGCUGGACUCGGAGCCGGACUCCCAGCAGGCCGUGCUGCAGCCCAGCCCGACGGCGGCGCUGCUGCAGGAGUGGAGCGGCCGAGCGAACAGCACGGUCGGCGUUCUGAUGGCCAAGCUGAGGGAGCUCGGCCGCCGAGACGCAGCGGACUUCCUCCUCAAAGCGUCUCCUGUGUUUAGGGUCAACAUGGAGGCGCUGGGAGGAGCCACCAACGGAUACCCGCCCACCUGCAACGGCGGCACGUCGUACAACUCCAUCAGCUCCGUCAUAUCCCGCUGAGGAGGCCCUCUGUGCUCGCCAAACAUCAGAUACUUCAGCUGAUGUGACAUUUUCCCUCAAAACUGGACACAGACUUGUGUGUGAAAGAAGUGCAAUCGUUCCAGAGUCCAGCUGCUCGCUCUUUAAUCGCUCCAUCACGUUGGCGUAUGAACCAGAUGUUGUGUUUGUGCUCUCCACACCUGUACAGCCGACCCUUCCCUCCACUAUGAAUGUUGUGAAAGAACUGAACGUCCUGAGCUCCAAAGAGGAAUCCUGUGUUUUAAUUCUGUUCUUAAAUCUCGUUGUGCUGCUUAUUAAUAAUCCCUCCGACUCUACUGCACGCUCACACCUACAGCUAACAGUUAGGAAAAGGCACAUUUAAACAAUCUGCACAUGAAUGGAUGGCUGAGAAGAUGGACCUCCAUCCUCAUGUACCACACUGAGGACUCUGUGGUUCACUGUACGUGUAGGAGGCGGCCGUCUUUACUGGCUCCAUCCAUCAGUUCCUUUUAACUUCAUCUUCCUCCCCACUUCUGUUCUACUGACAUUUGGCCGCUCAGCUUAGCUUUUAAUAAAUUAACAGCAUUUUUUUCAGAGUGCCUUCGUGGCCUUCUACCUCCCUAAAGAGCACAAACAGUCUUGUUAUUAUAAAAACGAUAGUUCUUUCCAAACAUUUGAAGACCUGUGCCUUGUUCACACUAAUAGUAAAAUCAAUUUCAAAACAAGUUUAAGAGCAGGCAGCUGUCACGAGAAAGGAAAAGGCCAUUUUACACAUUAAAAAUGAACUCUUUAUUCAUGUUGUAAGAUUUUAAAAACUGAAUUUCACUUUCCACAAAGCAACCAGAGCUGCAGGUUUAUUAGAAAACAGAUUGAGAGUUGAUGAGCUCUGUAGGUCAAAGGGAAACAUUCCAUUCAUGUUUAACUGGUGUACUCGAAGGUUUUUAAAGCUAAUCUUGAAUUCCGUCAUCCAUCCAUCCAAAUAAUGGAGCAACUAAAAUAUUUUGUGCAUUAGUUUUUGGAUUAAUUCUUUAUUUACAGGUCCCAGAAGUUCCUCAUAAUUUCCUUUAAAGUUUACUGUUGAACAAACUCCGUAACGUCACACUAAUCCAGUUUCUGUCUCGAGUCGGACUCUAAAGUUUUCAGAUUUUCUCCAACUUUUCUCCAGUUAGAUUAGUGUCUAUCUCGCCUGUUACAGUCUUAAACCUUUCCAUUUAUUUUCUCAUAGAGAGACUAAAUUCUCAUUUACAAGCAACGCUGUAAUCUCUGCAGUGUCUUUGUCUUGUAGCAAACAAGCAUCUUCAGUUUGGAUGGACAGUUUUAUGCUCAAAUGUCUUAAAAAUGUCUAUACUUAGGUUAUUAUAUGUGAGGAUUUUCUAGCAAAUGAAAUGAGUUUUUCCUCUGUUACUCUCACAUCUCAAACUUUUACAAAUCAAAACACCUUAAGGAAUAAUAGUACGUUACAUUACAGCUGCCUCACACUAUAUUCAAUAUAUAAUCAGGGCUGUUUUAGUAGUUCUCAGUCCUAAAACUACUCAGACGUUUACUCUCAGCCUCAACUUCACAUUUACUACACUCAGAGAACAAUAAGACCAAAUGCUGAGGCUGUUAUUUGAGUUUAAUGGGCUAAACGUAGCUGAGUUUAAUGACUCGAGACACUGACUCAACUGUUCCUGGUUUGCACAGUAGUUGUUAGUGACUCUACUGCUCUCUGCUUUAUUCUCACAGCGAGUUGGAAUUGAUUCAUUAGAAAUGCAUCAUUUUUGUAGCUUUAGAAAGCAGCCCUGCAUCGAUGCCAAAAACUGCAUUUCCUCGAAAGGCCACUUAAAAGGCUGAUUCUAAAUGGGAGUCGAUCUCCAUUAGUCUGACCCACCAGAUGUUGACUGUUGGGUCAUUUACGGCGCACAUUUCUCGUGGCUUUUUCCUCCCAUUUCACUAUCUGCAUUCAAAAUUACCUUUUAACAGCGACAGCAUCUUGAAUGUUGAAAAUACAAAGUUUUAGAUCAGAGCAGGGGAAUUUUACUGACAGUGCUCGCCUCCCUGCUUUUAAAUGUUACACCAAAACAAGGGACCAGCAAUGGGGUACUUAUUUACAUAAAAACAUAGUGUUACAGUAGAAUGAUAACGGGUGCAAUCACACCAUUCUGUUGUAGAGAUUGUGAGCCAACAGAUGGUCCUCUUAUGCUAAAAUGUCCGACUUUACAGCAGACAGAAACAUGUUUACAGCCAUUUAGUCCAUCUUUGUAUACAGUCAAUGGAUUGAACACUUUCUAAAUGUUCUGAUGUAUAAAUAUGAGGAAACUGUGGGGCCUGUAAACAAAAGCAUCUCUAUAAAUGUUUUCACUUCAUCUAUUUCCAUUCACACAAAGGGAACUGUAGCCAUUUUUACAGAAGGAGAGUUUUUUUCUAUAGUGUCUUAUUGAAGAGUCCUCGCUGCAGUGGGGGACAAAUAUCUGCAGAAAGCACUGAUGUUAGAAAUCAUCAUGGCAGACAGGGUGGAGUUUAACGCUGCUGAGCUCCAGGGUCCGACUGAGAACCCAAACUAUUAACUUUGAACAGGAAGUGCCACCAAAAUGCUAAAAAAGUAACAUUUAGAACGGUGAUUUUUGUAAUUGGGUUCAUUUCUAACCUUUUCUACUAAGCUGAGAUGUAACCAGCUUGUUACAGUAAACACUCCUGACGCUGCGCAUCUUUAAUGCUUCCUCGACAGCUUUGUGUUGGUCAGCGGACCAACACAGGGACGACAACAAUCCAGUUACCGUCCACAGUGUCAGAUUCUUUGCACAGUGGCAUCGACGCCACCUCCGUCAAGCUAAAUUUGAGCUCCUCUCGGUAUCGCUGUCAGUGUUGGCCGGCCACGCGUGGCUUCACAUCUCCUUUCACUUUGUCUUUUUAUAACCUGAAGCUGCAGCUCGGCCUGCUCAGCAAAAAGCAGGGAAGAGACGGCGUCAACUUAGUAUUGUUAGCUGAUUUAAGAAGAAGAAAAAAGGCCAAAGGCUGCUGAUGACAGAAAUGUCCCAGAAGAAGCAUUUUCACUUUUGUGUAUGCUGGUAUUUUCUAAUGUUUGUGCCCUUCACUUGGAACCAGAGAAACUUUUCAGUGCAUAUACGUGUUGAUGUUGGGAAGAUUCCGAAAAUAAAAAAAGUUCGAUUUUAUGGAUGUAAAAGGCCUUUUUUUCAGAAGAUGAGCUCCGUGCCAGAGUGCAGUAUUCGGUGUCUGCUUCACUUCCUCCAGUGUUACCAUCUGUUUCCAAUGCUGUACUUCUCUCACUAUUUUCGUCUCGGCCUGAACUUGCCAAUCGACACAGCGAACCUGCAGCUGUCAUGUAAAUACUCGAGGCCUGUUUUCACGACUUCAUGUUCAACUUUUUUUUUUUUUUUGCCCAGACAUGUUUAGGCAAAAUGAAUGUACUUCACAGAAAGGUAUGUGGAGGUGAGAGUUCAACAUGUGUACAAAAACACCAUGAAAUGAAAUGUCCCAAACUCAAUUUAAUGAUUUUUUUCUUGCUUUCAUUGAAGUCGUGUAUUAUCAUUGCCAAUGUUGUGUGCCUAAAACACACUCCUCUCAUAUUAUUAUUAUCACCUUGUACAGAUUCCAAGCUGAGAAGUGUCACAAAGGGAGCUGAAUAUCAUGUCUGGUUCUCCUGUUUCAGGCAUAUUAUUUUGUAAAAGCUGAGAAUAAUAUUAUCAACUCUGUCUCCAUUUCCCCUCUGAAGAGAGUCCGACCAAAACGGGUGGAUCUGAAGGUGAGAUAGAGACGAGGAAAGAUGGUUUUACUUUGGAGUGAAUUUCUCCCUCGGAGACUUCGGUCUGACCGCCGCGUUGCACAAGUCUUUCUGUCGCUAUUUAUGUUCCAUUCUUUUAGCAUGUCUUGGAAUGCCAUGUUCUUAGUACUUCUGACACUUUAUAGUGUAAUACAUUUUAUAAUAAAUUCUUUACCUAA